AUGGCUGUGGAGUUGGUUAGCCUAGCCGAGGGGUUCUCCUGCUACACCAGCAGUGAGAUUGAAGCCCAGUUCAUUUACAACGAAAUCUGGAACGACCAUUGUUACGACGGGCCAAAGGUCUCGGAGACUCCUUUCAUAAUUGAUGCCGGCGCCAACAUUGGACUCUUCUCCAUAUACAUGAAGCAAAAAUACCCAAACGCCAGAAUCAUCGCCUUCGAGCCCGCGCCGGAUACGUUCAAGACUAUGCAGCGCAACUUUGAGCUGCACAAAAUCACUGGAGUCGAGACGCACCAAUACGGCCUGGGGCCCAGAGCCAGCACUGAGAAGUUGACUUACUACCCGACGUUCCCCGGCAACUCAACUCUGCGGCCUGAAACCAAGUUGUCUACGAUCGAAGCGGUCACGGAGAGAUUUGGAAGAGACUUCGCGGAGGCGAGAUUCGGCGAUGCACAGGUUUUGGAUGUGGAGAUUCAACCUUUGUCUAAGGUUUUGAAAGAUAUGUCCGGAGUUGAGAAGAUUGACUUGCUGAAGAUUGAUGUCGAGGGAGUUGAGCUUGGGGUCUUACAAGGUCUGAGUGACGUUCAAUGGAAUAAGCUGCAGAAUGUGGCGCUGGAGACGACGGCGUCUUCUGGGGAUCUUGAGCCGAUUGAGGAGUUGUUGAAGUCAAAGGGACUUGCUGUCGAGAGAGAAGAGGCUGUCUUUGAUGAUCGAGGGGCUCAUGAGUUCUUCGUGGUUCGCGCGUAUCGCGAAAGUAAGGAAGUCUGA